UUGCGAGGAUUAUGAUUAAUAAUCAUCACAACGUUUAUCGCAACUAAUCUUUAAUUAAUUAAUCUUCAACCAAACUCUGCAUUUCAUUUUCUCUCUCUGUUUCGCGUUCGAAAAUCUCUCUCUCUCUCUCUCUAUCUCUCUCUAUCUCUCGCAAACGAAGGCCAUUUUGUGGUUACUCAUUGGAAAAGAGAAAAUAGAAACUCAGCUACAGAAGAAAUAUCGCUAUCGUUUUCAGAUCUGAAUCACAAAUAUCGAGUCGCUGCAAUUUCUGUUCACUUUUUUUCCGAUUUGGUUUCCCCUCACUUUCAUGUUCUUCUCAAGCGCGCGUGUAACAGAUCUUAAAAAUUGGCGCCUCAACGACGUUCCCAGCGCCACGUGGCUGGCCAGAUGCCACCACAGGGUAAUGCCGCAGCCGCCGCUCUUUACGAUCAAGCUGCCGGCGGCUCCCUGCAAAGUUCCGCCACUGAUGCCGGAGACGCCGUCAUGGCGCGGUGGCUUCAGUCCGCCGGCUUGCAGCAUCUAGCCUCUCCGCUUGCUUCUUCCGGCAUUGACAAUCGACUCCUCCCAAACCUUCUCAUGCAGGGUUAUGGAGCACAGUCUGCUGAAGAGAAGCAAAGGCUUAUGAAGUUAAUGAGAAACCUCAAUUUUAGUGGGGAAUCUGGUUCGGAGCUGUAUACGCCCAAUUCUCAAACUUUUGGUGGAAUGGGGUCAACGGACGGGUUUUAUUCUCCUGAGUUUAGAGGGGAUUUUGGAGCUGGGCUUUUGGAUCUUCAUGCCAUGGAUGACACAGAGCUUUUGUCUGAGCAUGCCAUUUCAGAAUCUUUUGAACCAUCACCCAUCAUGCCUGGAGCAUUUGAAGAUGAUAUCUAUCCAAUUAACAGCAAGCUGGAAAGAGAAGCAGAUGCUGAUUCAUCAAUUUAUUUACCUAUGAAUGAGAAAGAGAACAGUACAAGGGAGAAUAAUGUCGCCAAGAUUAAAGUUGUGGUGCGCAAAAGACCUUUAAACAAGAAAGAGCUUGCUAAGAAAGAGGAUGAUAUUGUAACUGUAUCGGACAAUGCAUAUUUGACACUCCAUGAACCUAAACUUAAGGUUGAUUUGACAGCUUAUGUGGACAAGCAUGAGUUUUGUUUUGAUGCUGUUCUUGAUGAGCAUGUUACCAAUGAUGAAGUAUACCGUGCUACAGUUGAACCAAUUAUUCCAACAAUUUUUGAACGAACCAAAGCUACCUGUUUUGCUUAUGGUCAGACAGGAAGUGGUAAAACAUACACAAUGCAACCUUUACCACUCAGAGCUGCAGAAGACCUUGUUCGACAGUUGCAUCAGCCAGUUUAUCGGAGUCAGAGAUAUAAGUUGUGGCUUAGCUACUUUGAGAUAUAUGGUGGAAAGCUAUUUGAUCUUCUUAGUGACAGAAAGAAACUUUGCAUGAGGGAAGAUGGACGGCAGCAAGUUUGCAUUGUAGGACUGCAAGAAUUUGAAGUUUCUGAUGUUCAAAUUGUCAAAGAAUUCAUUGAAAAGGGAAAUGCUGCAAGAAGUACAGGAUCCACCGGUGCUAAUGAGGAGUCUUCCAGGUCACAUGCUAUCUUGCAAUUGGUUGUCAAGAAGCACAAUGAGGUCAAAGAGAGCAGGCGAAACAAUGAUGGAAAUGAGGCAAGAAGUGUGAAGGUUGUGGGGAAGAUUUCUUUUAUUGAUCUUGCUGGAAGUGAAAGAGGUGCUGAUACUACUGAUAAUGAUCGUCAAACACGGAUUGAAGGAGCCGAAAUCAAUAAGAGCCUUUUGGCUUUGAAGGAAUGCAUUCGUGCUUUAGACAAUGAUCAGAUCCACAUUCCAUUUCGGGGAAGCAAACUUACAGAAGUGCUUCGUGACUCCUUUGUAGGCAAUUCAAAGACUGUUAUGAUCUCUUGUAUAUCUCCAGGUGCCGGGUCUUGUGAACACACACUUAACACCCUAAGAUAUGCUGAUCGGGUUAAAAGUCUAUCCAAAAGUGGAAAUCCUAGAAAAGACCUGAUCCCCAAUUCUGUACCACAAUCUAAUAAGGAUGUUUCAUCCUCAUCAACCCUUCCAGCUAGUGCUGCUGCAGAGGAUUUUAGCGAUCAACGUCAAGAGAAACCAAUGGAUCUGGGCAGGAGGCCACAUGACAAGGAGAGUACUUUGUACAGCUCUGCUGCUAUUGCUGACAAACAUUUACCUAGUGUUUCUUCAAAUUACCUAUCAAAUGGGCGAGAAGAAAAAGGCUUGACUUCUGCUUCAAUGGAGAGAGAGAGGGAGAGGUUUGAAAUGCAGAACUCUUAUAAUGAUUCUUCCAGUCAAAAGAUGAACUCUUAUUCACAGAAUGAUACAGAUGAGAAAGUGCAAAAGAAGAACUCUUAUAAUGAUUCUUCCAAUCAAAAGAUGUAUUCUUAUUCACAAAAUGAUACAGCUGAGAAAGUGCAAAAGGUGUCUCCCCCACGCAGGAAAGUUUCUAAGGAUGAGAAGUCUGAGAGGCCUGCUAAGUUAGCAUCAAGGGAUUAUACCAAUGUUUCUGAUGUCUUGACCUCAAGCUCCAAGCAGCAGAUCACAGGGAACCACAACACUGUUACCACUGGAUCAAGGCUUCAUGAAGCAGAAUCUGCUCCUGACAAGAAUAUCAAUGCAGUUCUCGAGGAGGAAGAAGCACUAAUUGCUGCUCACAGGAAAGAAAUUGAGGACACAAUGGAGAUUGUUCGUGAAGAAAUGAAACUCUUGGCUGAAGUGGACCAACCAGGAAGCCGUAUUGACAACUAUGUGACGCAAUUGAGUUUUGUGCUUUCUCGCAAAGCAGCUAGUCUUGUGGGUCUCCAAGCUCGCCUUGCAAGAUUCCAACAUCGACUAAAAGAACAGGAGAUUCUAAGUAGAAAAAGAGUUCCCCGUUAAUAAGAGAUUUGGUUUCUCUCUGUAUUCAUAUUUGUAAGUCAUAUAGUUGAAAGGUUUUGUUUGAUGUUAACUGAUCGUUUACUUUAAGUUGGAUACAUAUAAUUAAAAUUACCUACAUGUAAAUGCUCUUUUUGUGAUAUUUUAGCCUUUUCUAAUUUGGCAUAAA